AGGAGCUACGUCACGUUGACGGGACGAAAUAAGACACUGUUUCCUGGUAUCGCACCCAAGUGAAUUUAUGAAAUUCCUCACUUCCCCCGCAAUCUGUAGAUGCAUUAGGACCAACAACCUAUACAGGUAAAAACAAUACGGGGAAGAUGGACCCCAAAUCCCCUGCAGCUACUGAUUUGUCCAAGGGAUCACCAAAUAAUAAAGAGGAAAUGACUACUGAACAGACCGCACAGGAAGGAUCCUCUUCUAGGGUUAUCACUGUAGUUUUUGUAUCACUUCUACUGGACCUUCUUGGGUUUACCCUCAUUCUUCCUCUUCUUCCCUCCAUCUUAGACCACUACAGUAAAAAAGACGAUGCUGUCUACAAUUCUCUGCAGAAUGUGGUGGACUGGUUUAGAGUUGCUGUUGGAAUUCCUCUUGACUUAAAAUAUAAUAGUGUUCUUUUCGGAGGAUUAAUUGGAUCCCUUUUUUCUUUUCUUCAAUUCCUUUCUUCUCCUGUGAUGGGAGCUGCAUCUGAUUGCUAUGGCAGAAGACCAUUGAUACUGCUCACGACAGUGGGUGUGAUGACCUCCUAUCUCCUAUGGGUGUUUUCUCACAGUUUCAGCAUCUUCCUUCUGUCUCGUGUUGUCGGUGGGAUUUGUAAAGGCAAUGUCAGUCUCUGCACGGCCAUGGUGGCUGAUCAGCGUAAUCCACAGGCUAGAAAUCGAGGAAUGGCUAUGAUAGGUGUUGCCUUCUCCCUUGGAUUCACAUUGGGACCAAUACUGGGCGCCUAUUUUGCACAAAGGACUAAAGAAGUUGAGGAGUUUUAUCAGGGACCAGCUUUAUUAGCCCUGGCUUUCUCUGUGGCGGAUCUGUUUUUCAUCUUUGCCAUGUUACCAGAAACUUUACACAGAGACAAUGAGGUUAAUGACAUUAACUCAGUGGUUCAGGGGCCUGGAGACCUUCUUAACCCAGUGGCACUUUUCAACUUCACAGCCAUUACAAGGACAGAUGUUUCAUCCUCAGUCCAGAAAAUGAAGAACCUUAAAGUUUUGGGCAUGGUGUACUUCACAUACCUAUUUCUGUUCUCUGGACUGGAAUUCACGCUGAGUUUUUUAACGCACCAGCGUUUUGGAUUCUCCAGCAUGGAACAAGGCAAGAUGUUCUUCUUCAUUGGUAUUUCCAUGGCACUCAUUCAGGGGGGAUGGGCCCGAAGGAUCAAACCAGGGCAUCAGAUCAGGACAGUUCGUUUGGCUCUCAUAUCACUUAUACCAGCUUUUCUGAUCAUUGGGAUUGCUUGGAAUAUGCUGUUGCUGUACACAGGACUGAUGUUUUACUCAUUUGCUGCUGCGGUUGCUGUUCCUUGUCUGUCCACACAAGUUUCCGAGCAUGGUUCAUCCAGACAAAAGGGUAUGGUAAUGGGCAUCCUUCGCAGUCUGGGGGCACUUGCACGGGCAUGCGGACCUAUUGUUGCUUCAUCUGUCUAUUGGUUGGCUGGAGGAGAGACUUGCUUCAUCAUCUACUCAGUCCUUUUCCUUGUGCCGCUGAUGUUACUGAGCCAAUUAGAGAAAUGCAAAGAUGACUGAUGAGAUUUGGAGAGUGAGAAAAGACUCAUUACAACCCCACAUAGCAACAACCUUUACACACAAAGCACACACAUUCAUAACAUCUUCUAAUAGUACACUGAAGCACUUUAUAUAAAAGCAGGGCAGAAUGCCACAUUCCAGUGUAGUAUACACAAUUUUUACCAGCUAUGCAAGUAAGCAAAGAUGUUUACAUUCAGGGCUGUUUUAGAUAACUUUUAGUUUUAUUAACUAAUACAAAUGUAUUGAAUGUUGUGAUAUUUUUGGUAAUUUUGGGAUCUAUAAAAACCCGAUUUACCCAAAAA